CUCCUCUUCUCAGACAGACAUGGUGAGUGGAGACUGAGGAGAGAGAGUUAGAGAGAGAGGGAGGUGGAGAGAGAGGGGGAGAGAGGAGAGAGAGAGAGAGGGGAGCAAGCUGAGGCCUGGAGGUCAUACACCCAGGAGUGUGAGUCCUGCCAGGGGCCUUGUAAUCCAACAAUCCCCUCUGCUGCUAUCCCCUCCACCACCCAUCUAUCCUCUCCCUCCCCAUCCCCCUAUCCCCUCUACCCCUCCUCCAUCCCUCCACCCCUCUAUCCCUCCACCCCUCCUCCAUCCCUCCAACCCUCUAUCCCUCCACCCCUCCUCCAUCCCUCCACUCCUCCUCCAUCCCUCCACCCCUCCAUCCCUCCACACCUCUAUCCAUUCCACCUCACAGCCAGACCAUGGCUAACUGGAUCUGCUCCCUAUCACAGGGCCACAGGACACCUUUCUUCUUCUCCCUCCUCCUCCAUUUCCUCCUUCUCGCCAUCUUUUUAUCGGAUUUGUCUUGUAGCCUGUAGACUGCUCUGUCUGGGCUCUCCCCCCUGGGAUGGAGGCUGAGAGCUGAGUCUGUAUCCCAAAUGGCACCCUAUUCCCUACCUAGUGCACUACUUUUGACCAGAGCCCUGGCUGGCCUGGGGGCUGCCUGUGCCAGGGACUCGGCCUAGAGAUCCAAGGCCUGGCGCUUGCGAGGACCAGACACCCCGGUGGCCGUCUCUCGCAGACUCUAAAGGCCCACCACCUAAUGGGUUUAGACAAAUCUGCUAAUUUGUCAACAAGUUUCUGAUUUCGACAAGCAUAUCAACAAGCUUGUCUGUCUGGCCUGACACUCGGCUGUAUAGAGUCGAAUCCAAGUCAAAGCCAUGUGGUUGAAUUCAGACUAUGAAAAAGGAACUUGCCUUCUCUCUCUGUCUGUCUCUCUAUCUGCACAUUCGACUGUAUAGUCGAAACCAAACCAAGUGAAUGUUGACUAUGAAAAGGAGCUUUGCCUCUCUCUGUCUGUCUCUCUGUCUUCUCUUCCGCUACUCUCAGUAUAAUGGUGGUUCGGUUAGAAGCACUCCAGCCAGCUCAGGUUGAAUGACUGAGGGAGUACAAUCCUACAUUAUCCAACAUUAUCCUCUUGGUCUAAACAGCAAGGGAUGAUUCCCAGGUCAUUAGGAACCACUGUGACUUACUGAAGAGUGUUGCUAUUUGACUGGAUAAGAAGACUAGAAGCAUGCAGGUGUCGCUGACUUGCUGAGUGCUUCAAUUCUUAUGAAUAGAACAGUAACAAUUGGUUCCAUAAUGAGCGUUCCUUGAGAAUGCCAGGUAACUCCUUCCUGUCCCUUUGUGUUGUGGACAGGCCAUUUAUACCUGGGUGGGGUCAUCCAUUAUUUCACUGAUCGUUGGAACUUACGUCAAUGUGUUCACAUCACAUUUACCUCCAUCCAUUGUGGUGAUACAUAUAGUGUAAGACGGGCCAUUACUGUAUGUUUUGAGACACACCCCCUAGGGAUGUACAGUGGGGCAAAAAAGUAUUUAGUCAGCCACCAAUUGUGCAAGUUCUCCCACUUAAAAAGAUGAGAGAGGCCUGUAAUUUUCAUCAUAGGUACACGUCAACUAUGACAGACAAAUUGAGAAAAAAAAAUCCAGAAAAUCCCAUUGUAGGAUUUUUAAUGAAUUUAUUUGCAAAUUAUGGUGGAAAAUAAGUAUUUGGUCACCUACAAACAAGCAAGAUUUCUGGCUCUCACAGACCUGUAACUUCUUCUUUAAGAGGCUCCUCUGUCCUCCACUCGUUACCUGUAUUAAUGGCACCUGUUUGAACUUGUUAUCAGUAUAAAAGACACCUGUCCACAACCUCAAACAGUCACACUCCAAACUUCACAAUGGCCAAGACCAAAGAGCUGUCAAAGGACACCAAAAACAAAAUUGUAGACCUGCACCAGGCUGGGAAGACUGAAUCUGCAACAGGUAAGCAGCUUGGUUUGAAGAAAUCAACUGUGGGAGCAAUUAUUAGGAAAUGGAAGACAUACAAGACCACUGAUAAUCUCCCUCGAUCUGGGGCUCCAUGCAAGAUCUCACCCCGUGGGGUCAAAAUGAUCACAAGAACGGUGAGCAAAAAUCCCAGAACCACACAGGGGGACCUAGUGAAUGACCUGCUGAGAGCUGGGACCAAAGUAACAAAGCCAACCAUCAGUAACACACUACGCCGCCAGGGACUCAAAUCCUGCAGUGCGAGACGUGUCCCCCUGCUUAAGCCAGUACAUGUCCAGGCCCGUCUGAAGUGCAUUUGGAUGAUCCAGAAGAGGAUUGGGAGAAUGUCAUAUGGUCAGAUGAAACCAAAAUAUAACUUUUUGGUAAAAACUCAACUCGUCAUGUUUGGAGGACAAAGAAUGCUGAGUUGCAUUCAAAGAACACCAUACCUACUGUGAAGCAUGGGGUUGGAAACAUCAUGCUUUGGGGCUGUUUUUCUGCAAAGGGACCAGGACGACUGAUCCGUGUAAAGGAAAGAAUGAAUGGGGCCAUGUAUCGUGAGAUUUUGAGUGAAACCCUCCUUCCAUCAGCAAGGGCAUUGAAGAUGAAACGUGGCUGGGUCUUUCAGCAUGACAAUGAUCCCAAACACACCGCCCGGGCAACGAAGGAGUGGCUUCGUAAGAAGCAUUUCAAGGUCCUGGAGUGGCCUAGCCAGUCUCCAGAUCUCAACCCCAUAGAAAAUAUUUGGAGGGAGUUGAAAGUCUGUGUUGCCCAGCGACAGCCCCAAAACAUCACUGCUCUAGAGGAGAUCUGCAUGGAGGAAUGGGCCAAAAUACCAGCAACAGUGUGUGAAAACCUUGUGAAGACUUACAGAAAACGUUUGACCUGUGUCAUUGCCAACAAAGGGUAUAUAACAAAGUAUUGAGAAACUUUUGUUAUUGACCAAAUACUUAUUUUCCACCAUCAUAUGCCAAUAAAUUCAUUAAAAAUUCUACAAUGUGAUUUUCUGGAUUUUUUUUUUCUAUUUUUGUCUGUCAUAGAGUACUGUUCUUUGUGUGUGUGUGACUGUAACUGUACUGUGUUUCCUUGUCACAUGGUCCCAAAGACAACAAUAUCAAUAAUGAAAAGUGUUAGCAGGUGCAAUAAUGUAUUAAUUUAAAUUCAAUUUCCUUGUAUUUACACUUCAUCCUUUAUUUAUGAUUCAUUUGCUUUAUGAUGCAUUUCUAAAUCACCACCAGGCACACCUCUGUUCCAAUGACAAGCUGUUUUUAGAGGGAAAUCAAGAAGCAGGUGUUCAAUGAGUUUGUUCUGUCUCUUGUUGUUCACACAGGCUUCCUAAGCACAGGGGACCAGGCAGCCAAGGGGAACUAUGGACUGCUGGACCAGAUCCAAGCCCUGAGGUGGAUCAAAGAGAACAUUCAGGCCUUCAAAGGAGAUCCAAAGAGAGUGACAAUCUUCGGCUCUGGUGCAGGGGCAUCGUGUGUUAGCUUGCUCACUCUCUCUCACUACUCAGAAGGUAUGUAUCGGGUAUUUUUAGCCCCCCAAAAUAUUCCCUUACCUCCUUGGAAAUCAUUGAGAUUAUAUUAUAUUGUUUGAAUCCUUAAAGUCAGUGAGUACAAGUCCUUUAAAAAAAUGUAUGACUCAUAAAAUGAAUCAUUCUCGGCGUCUACUGUGAGACUUACACUGCAAUGAAUGAUUAUUAAUUAAAUUAAUAUGGUCGUAUGAACUUCAGCUAUCAUUUUAGAAUGUAGUAAUGAAAUAAAGACCUGUGGGGAAAUUAUUUAUUAUAUUUAUAGCUUUAUUCGAUAGAUAUCAUCAGAGGGAUUUUGUUUUCAAAUAGGAAUAUCUCUCUCACUGAGAGGGUAUGGCUGUGCCUAUUCCCUAUAUAGUGCACUACUUUUGACCAGAGUCCUAUGGUGCCUGAUCAAAAGUAGUGCAUUAAAUAGGGAAUAGAGUUCAAUUUGGGAUGCAGCCUAUGAAUGAUUUAAACAGUCAGGAUACACCACUAUGACUUUUCAGAGAACAUGUAGCAUCACAUUUCAUCGCCACAUGACAGAGAUAACAACUAGAGUGUGUUCACAGGUUCACCCAAGUGUAAAAUAUUGCCUACCUCAGUCACUAGAUAUUUGUGUGACCAGCCAGAGAAAAGUGGUAGGUGGAUAUCAAGAAUAUUAGAAUGGUUAACCGCCAUCACAUUAUAGUACAUUUACAUCUCUCUGUUUUUUAUUAUCAUUAGAAAAUAGUAUCCUAGAAAUGUGAGUGUCAUUAACUGUCAUAGUCGUUCUCCUCAGCCCAGUGCACACCACAGUGUAGAGAGGCAGACAAAGUCUACGUCCCAAAUGGUAUCCUAUUCCCUAUAGUGCACUACUUUUGUUCUGGUCAAAAGUAGUGCAAUAUAUAGGGAAUAAGAUUUCAUUUGGGACGCAAACAGAGAUAGACAAAUGAAUAGCUAGCUGUGCGUUCUCUCUCUCGCUCUCUCACUCUCUUGCGCUCUCUCUUUCUCUGCAGCUGAAUCUCAUCAGGAGCUAUUUGAGUAAAUGACUGUGAAAACAGCAUUACCUAAUCAGUCUCCAUAGGGCAAAACCCCAGAUAGAUCUUAACCGGCACAUCUCGCAACUUCAGACUUUAUUUCCAUCAAUAUAAAUCAAUAUCAGUUACGGCAGGAAAUGGACAUAUCUUGCACUCGUCAAUGGACUUUAAUUUCUCUCCAUGUCCGCUGCUGGUACUGAGUGACAAUAGUGAGAGUAACCUCAGGGGAAAACAUCUAGUUCUGAAUUAUGUCCAAUAAAAAACUGAAAGCAGAGACUGAAAGCAGAGAAUUCUUCUUCCAUCUUCGUUCUCUCAGAAGUCCAAUUCAAACAUUUGCCAUUCAUGGUCCUACUUCCUGUUUUUAAAAGUGUGCUACUGUAGGUCAUGUGAGAUGAUUAGAGGACUGUGUCUGCAUGAUGCCUCAUUUACUAGGUUUUAGACUGGGCUCUGACACUUUUUUGAACUCAGCUUUCACUGGAUAUACUAUCAAUCAACUAGUUUUUAUUUUAUUUAUAUACACUUCCAUUCAAAAGUUUGGGGUCACUUAGAAACGUCCUUGUUUUCAAAAGAAAAGCCUUUUUUUUGUCUGUUAAAAUAGCAACAAAUUGAUCAGAAAUACAGUGUAGACAUUGUUAAUGUUGGAAAUGGCUAUUGUAGCUGGAAAUGGCUGAUUUUUAAUGGAAUAUCUACAUAGGCGUAGAGAGGCCCAUUAUCUGCAACCAUCAGUCCUGUGUUCCAAUGGCACGUUGUGUUUGCUAAUCCAAGUUUAUCAUUUUAAAAGGCUAAUUGAUCAUUAGAAAACCCUUUUACAAUUAUGUUAGCACAGCUGAAAACUGUUGUGCUGACUAAAGAAGCAACAAAACUGGCCUUCUUGAGACUAGUUGAGUAUCUGGAGCAUCAGCACAAACCAGAUGGGAUGGCAUAUCGCUGCAGAAUGCCGUGGUAGCCAUGCUUGUUAAGUGUGCCUUGAAUUCUAAAUAAUUCACUGUCAGUGUCACCAGCAAAGCACCCCCACACCAUCACACCUCCUUCUCCAUGCUUCAUGAUGGGAACCACACAUGUGGAGAUCAUCCGUUCACCUACUCUGCGUCUCACAAAGACACGGCUGUUGGAACCAAAAAUCUCAAAUUUGGACUCAUCAGACCAAAGGACAAAUUUCCACCGGUCUAAUGUCCAUUGCUUGUGUUUUUUGGCCAAAGCAAGUCUCUUCUUCUUAUUGGUGUCCUUUGUGUUGGACCGCAGAGUGAAGGAAAAGCAGCAAAGUGUGGAAAGCUGUCAGGAGUGUGCAAAGCUGUCAUCAAGGCAAAGGGUGGCUACUUUGAAGAAUAUAAAAUAUAGUUUGAUUUGUUUAACACUUUUUUGGUUACUACAUGAUUCCAUAUGUGUUCUUUCAUAGUUUUGAUGUCUUCACUAUUAUUUUACAAUGUAGAAAAUAGUACAAAUAAAUAAAAACCCUUGAAUGAGUAGGUGUGACCAAACUUUUGACUGUUACUGUGUAUAUAUAUAUAGUAUAUGAGCUGAUAGGGAUGGAAAAAGACACAGGUUGGGAAGCGAUAUUACCAGACAGUCAGGUAUCUUCUUGUCCCUUUUAGCCCAGUAGUUGUCUCUCCUUAAAGGAAUAAUCCACCCAAAACGUAUAAUUUGGUAUUUGUUUCGUUAGUCCACUUUUGAUACUGUCCCACCCAAAAUCUUUUGCAUGUCAGAAAUCAAGUUGUCUAGAUAGAGAACUUUCAAAACACCAAUUUCCACAUCAUCAUGAUGUGAUGCGCUUUGCAUUAUAUGAUGCAUUUUGCAUCAUCAUGAAGAUGUGGUAAGUGACAAUUAGCGUUUUGAAAGUUCUUUAUCUUGAAAACUUGAUUGCUGACAUGCAAAACAUUUUGGGACUGUAUAAAACGAAUACCAAAAUAUAGUUUUUGAGUGGAUUAUUUCUUUAACAUCCGCCACCCUGGUUCCAUCACUCACACUAGGCCAAACAUUUUACCAAUAUCCCCCAGAACCAAAUCCCUCUCACGUGAUUUGGUUCUGGGUUACCGAGGUUAGCCCAGUAGCCUAUCACCUGGAUUGGUGUUGUGAAUCGGAUUUGUUGUUAGUCAGGCAGCUAUGUUCCUGUAUCACUCCCAUUAGCCAUACCCAGGUGGCAUGGAAGCCAUAGCCCCUCAUCGCUGCUCCCUAUGUAGGACAUGAUCUGUUUCUGUUUCAUGGCUCCACAGGCACGCCUCAGUAAGCAGACUGAGGUAAACACAGGAAGCAUAUGCAACAUAUUUAAAUUCACUUCUGGUGAGUCAGGCUUUAACUGAUUUAUUCAUCCAAAUAGCAGAGGAAAUGGGGAAAUAAAACUAAAUAAACCUCUGUUGCUAACUAGGCCUUGCGGGAGAUGUCGGCUUCUGCGGCUUGGAAACAUUCACAAUGAUAUAAAUAGAACUUAGAAAAUACUGGGAAAAAAUGUAACAUACAAGAAGUGUUCCUAGUGCACUGUGGCCUAUUUGCAGAGUGGCAGUGCCAGGCAGAUCGUGAAGCUGCAUGCAGCUCCAACAUAAUUCAGGAUGAAUAAGUGGCCCGAGGCCUCAUUGCAGAAUAAACAAAUGUGUCUUUUAUUUUCAGUUUGAUUAAUUUAUUAUGACCAGCGUUGACAGGAUGUGGUGUCCCUGUCCCAGUCCUUAAUCAUCCUUUUGCUUCAUCUUUUGUCAGUAUAGGAUAAUAUGCAGUCUAGAUGGAUCUGUCUGAUUUGUAUGGAUCUGUGUGGAUGUUACAGACGUAAUGUGUAUGUAUUGAGCUCCCGAAUGGCGCAGCGGUCUAAGGCACUGCAUCUCAGUGCUUGAGGCGUCACUACAGACCCCCUGGUUCGAUUCCAGGCUGUAUCACAACCGGCCGUGAUUGGGAGUCCCAUAGGGCGGCGCACAAUUGGCCCAGCGUCGUCCGGGUUUGGCUGGUGUAGGCUGUCAUUGUAAAUAAGAAUUUGUUCUUAACUGACUUGCCUAGUUAAAUAAAAUAAAUAAUCAUGCAAAAAAAAAUCACUGACUACAGCACUCACCGAAGAUUUUACAUCAGAAUUAUUUAAAGUAAUACCAGAAAAUACCAAUUAUUUCUAUACUGAGUAAAUACCAAUGUGGCUGUUCCGGGUGUGUAUGUAUUAUUUUAGCACUUUCAUUGCUAAAAGAUGUUUACAUUUGUGAAAAACACCAAACACCAUGUCUGAGAUUUGUCGUGUCUAACAUCAGUUUUCUCCCCCUCAGAUCUCUUCCAGAAAGCCAUCAUCCAGAGUGGUACAGCUCUCUCCAGCUGGGCGGUCAACUACCAGCCUGCCAAGUACACACGGAUGCUGGCUGAGAAGGUGGGCUGCAACAUGCUGGACACCAUCGACCUGGUGGAGUGCCUCCAGAGUAAGAACUACAAGGAGCUGAUCGAACAGAACAUCUUACCCGCAAAGUACCACAUCGCCUUCGGCCCCGUCAUCGACGGCGACGUCAUCCCGGAUGACCCUCAGAUCCUCAUGGAGCAGGGCGAGUUCCUCAACUACGACAUCAUGCUGGGGGUCAACCAAGGCGAAGGGUUCAAGUUUGUGGAGGGCAGCGUGGACAGCGAGGAUGGCAUCUCGGCCAACGACUUCGACUUUGCCGUGUCGGACUUUGUGGAUCACCUUUACGGCUACCCGGAGGGCAAGGACACGCUAAGGGAGACCAUUAAGUUCAUGUACACUGACUGGGCCGACAAGGAGAACCCCGAGACACGGAGGAAGACGUUAGUCGCACUCUUCACCGACCACCAGUGGGUGGCUCCGGCCGUAGCCACAGCGGACCUCCAUGCCCAGUAUGGUUCGCCAACAUAUUUUUACGCCUUCUACCAUCACUGCCAGAGCGACAUGAAGCCUAGCUGGGCUGACUCGGCACAUGGGGACGAGGUGCCCUAUGUGUUCGGGAUCCCCAUGAUCGGACCCACGGACCUGUUCAACUGCAACUUCUCCAAGAACGACGUCAUGCUCAGCGCAGUGGUUAUGACCUACUGGACUAACUUUGCCAAGACAGGGUAGGUUGUCCAAUUCAGUUUUUCUACUGUAUGUCAGAUUGUUUAUUUGAAGUGGAUAAAUAUCCGACAUGGAUCGAGAAGACACGUAGCAAGUUAUGGGAGCAUAGCUUCAACUACACUGAACAAAUCAGUGCUUCUAUAAGUACAGUAAUCCCUCGUUUAUCGCGGGGGUUACGUUCCGAAAAUGACCCGCGAUAAGUGAAAUCCGCGAAAUAGAAAACUUUUUUUUUUUACAAUUAGCAACUAUUACAUGUAUACAAAUACAGUGACUCACGUGUAGGCCGUUUCACUGCUCUUCAGACUGGGCCGCUGCAUCCUGACUGCGCUCUGCAGUGUUCUCUUCUUCUGAAGCCCGCGGUGCAGGUGUGUUUGUUCGGGAGAAGAACAUAGUGAUAGGCAGCUGUUGUCGCUCUUUUUUCUUCUUUGCAAAAAGAUCCUUGUACACCGACAUGCCACCAUCGAUUACGUUGGAGAACUGUAAUGAACGGCUCAUCAAAGGGUCCCAUUCCUCAGCUACUCGCUUAAGUUCAGUGGCCAUUCGCACCAUGGUUGCUAAGCGACCAAGCGUUAGUCCUUCCUCCUCAUCUCUCGUGUCCUCUUCUCCCUCUUCUCUUUCAUCGUCGCUUUGUGGCUUUGUCAUUUACCUUCCCUUAGCAUGUCCAGAAGUUUAACUUUAUCUGAGAUAGGUAGCAUCUUCCGCCGUUUGGGCCCAUCCGCAGGUGCUUUUGUCGGUCCAGGCCGUUUCGUCGACAUUAUGGGUUUAGGAGAUGUUCGAAAUUACAAGAUAAUUUGGCCAACUUAAUGUAAAUUUGCCAAGCUGUUUUAUGUACGUACACAUAACUGCACGAGACGACAAAAUGAUAGCACAAUUCGUAGCAUGUUUUGAUACAAGAAGCGGGAGUGAGUUUUUAGCGAAUCAGAAUGCAGAGCACAAUGCACCAAAAAAAAAAAAAUGCAUUAUGAAAAUCCGCGAAAUAGCGAAUCCGCGAUAAGUGAACCGCGAAGUGGCGAGGGAUCACUGUAUUGUAAAUGCUUUGGUUUUCAUUAAGGCUUUGCAGUUUGCAAAUAUCACUUGAUAUUUGGAUCACGUCUUUGUUUCCUGAACCCUGGGAUUAACCAGGUAGCAGGAUGUUUGCGACCCAGUCACACUGAAAAUUCAUUUUAAGGUGAAUAAAUAAAUGAUUGAACAGCUUCAUAGGCUGUAGCAUUCCCUCCCCCAGCUCUCCGGCUUGGCUAGCGUCCACCUGAUGCCAGUUCAGCAGGGGAUAGAUUGGCAACGUUAUUGGCAUGGGGAGGCUCUUUUAGUCUGAGUGUUUUUUGCUUUCCCGUAGUGCUGCUUCAAACAAAGCAGGAACCCAAAGCAAAUUCAUCGCUUCGAGAGUGUCCGUUUUUCACAAGAGUCUCUCCAACUGCAGGCAAAUACUCCCGUUGCGAUCCUCAAUUUCCUUGCUAGAUUGAGGGUUAUCCAGAAAAAAGGCUCCCAACAACAGACAGGGGAUUCGGAGGGAUGAGAGGCAUAUCAUUAACUACUCAUCUCAGUGCUUUAAUGUGUGGUAAUAUACAAAAUCGAAAAGUACAAUGCACAGGGAAGCGUUCUUCUUAUUCGUAGUGGAUACAGGACUGAACAAUGAGUGAGGCGUGUGUGUGUGUGUGUGUGUGUGUGUGCAUGUGUGCGUGCAUGCCUGGGUGUGUGUCUGUAUUUAUGUGUGUGUGCUUGAAUGCGUGUGUGUUGUUUCUUAGUAUACACUGCACAUGCAGGCUAUAGUCGAAACUAAAAAUGAAGACAGCUGGGAACACAUGGCAGACUGGAAAAGCAGAUUUUUCAACAGUCAUCUGCAAAGAGAGGCUUUGUGUCAAACAGAGGGAGAUAGGAUUGAAUACAUUUGUGAGCAUCUGAGUAGAUACAUGCAAGUAUAAUGUGCAAGCCCCCCCCCCCCCCCCCCAGCGAAGAGCAGAAGCUGGGUUUAUUUAAAUCUGUGACUUUGCUAUUUCUAUAAACCUGCGACGACAAGUCUCUUAGGAGGUGUAGACUAGCCCUCCAUCUGAAUGUACUUCUGUUAUCACACAAAACAGAUUGACAGCAUGGUGGAAGCAUAUGUUUUAUGGACCAACGCUUUCUACCUCUGUGUUAUCUUCCUCUUAUGAGAUACAUGUGAAGAGCUUGCUAAGUAUUUAUCAGUCCGACAAGCACGGGACGUCUGGAGUGUUGUCUUUAUUGCAAGUCUUUGUUGGUGAAAAUGGUAUAUUGUUACAGCAGGCGCUUCCAUAUGCUUCUAUCAGGGCUACAGUCCUUAAGUGAUAUUGUACUGGGUUCCACAUGUUUGAAGGAACAUAUGCACAUACACUAUGUAUGGAACUAUUACUAGACAGUCACCUGAAUCCAUUUCAGGGAGAUUAGCUUAAUUUACCAAGAGGUGACAUUUUGACAGUGUAAAACAUGUAAAAUGGGAAGAUGUUACUAACAAAUACUGUAGUGUUUUAAAAUAUUCAGCAAGGCACUAGGGUUUGACAUAAAUAUAGGUUAAAAGUACUGUGAGCAAUAUACCCAUUUUGGUAACAUCUUUGCAAUUGUAUUAUGGUGAAUGUGGCCCAUGAUGUUCAAAGAGUGAUACAACGAAAUGUACAGGUUCUCUCAAAUAGAAUGAAAUAGCAAAAUGAUACAAGGUUAGCUUUGUAUUGAAUAAUAGCAUAUUGAAUCAGAUCUAAUUGAAUCCUGCUCUCCAGGGAUGCACAGACAUACACCAAUUUUUUCUCUCUCUGUCCCCCCUUCCAUUUACAAAUGAAUGACAUACUUAGAUCCUGCUGUAAUCGGUAAUGACAGGAUUAAACAGUGCUCCAUCAGCCGGAGAUACUGUCAUGCUGGAUUAGCCAGUAAAAUAUCUCCUGAUCCCCUGAGACCACUGUUAUCUAGUAGGCCACCUGAUGGACGGACGGAGCUGUAAUAAAAGCAGCCUUCUCACAGUCUCACAGUCUCUCUGUACUGUAAGAGCUCGUUUUGGAAGCAGAGCAGACCCCUGGGUACAUACCUAUUUUGACGUCUAUCAAAUACAUUUUAGCAUUGGCACUAGUCUGCCUGGAGUGCCAGGUGGGCGGGGUUUGCCGUUUUCUGCCUAUUCAAUCGGUUUCAUUGGGUCAGGCAUGCUAAAUCAAAACCCAGCUAAAGUAUUUGAAAUGAUUUCAAAUACUAUUUGAACCCAGGUCUGCAUCCGAGCUCAUCUUGAAAGGUCUGAUGGGUCCUGAGUGUCCCCUGGUGCCUGAGUGCAGUGCAUGACUCAAGAUGAGGCCUUUCUUUCUGUUCAGCAUUCAGCUGGACAUUCCCCCUUCCCUUUCCAUUCCUCUUACCCUUCCACUCACUCGACAGUGUCAGGCUCCAAGGUUGUCGUCUCGACUGUACUCCUCGCCUCUGUCUCCCUUCGAAAGUUAAUGAAAUCACAGUCACAAUGUCACAGGAGAGUUGCUUGAUUCCAACACUGAGGCUGUCCACUAUAACAUCUACUUCACAAUGUCAAUGGGAGAAUAAAAAGCCUGCGUUACAGAAAAAUGUUAACAUGAUCUAGGACAUUGGGACAUUUCAUACUAUUACACAUUUUUCCUAUGAAUCACAGAGGUGUUUGUUAUGAACGUUAAAAUGGGGGCACAGGAUAUGCUUUGUAUUAAUCAAUUAUAUGAGUCUUGUAACUGUACAGUAGGAUGACUCAGCUCUAAAGUGAAUCUAAUGGACAGUUUUAGUGGCCAUUUUGUGACUUCAUCUUCUUUUUACUUUAAUGAAGAUUCCCUUGAGUAGGCUUAAAGAAACACAAAAAAAUUAUUACAGAGUUAAUAAUGACCACAUUGACUCACUUGGGAGGAAUAUAACAUAACACUUCUUUCUAGUAUAUUUUAAAUAUUUUGGGUCAAUCAUUUUCAAUUUCACGAGCAUUGACUUCACAAGCCUAGAGAUAAAAUAGUGCUUUGGUGGCAAUUAUUCAGAAUACUGCCCUUUUCUCUUUUUCUGUCUUUUUUAAACCUUUUGUAGAAUACGGUCCUGAAAAGAACAAUUGUAUAAUACAUUCGUAAUUACAAAUGUUUUUUUAUCUUCUCUAUUUCAGAGAUCCAAACCAGCCCGUUCCUCAGGACACCAAGUUCAUCCAUACAAAACCCAACCGCUUUGAAGAGGUUGCCUGGUCGAAGUACAACCCCAAGGACCAGCUCUACCUGCACAUCGGCCUGAAACCCAGGGUCAGGGACCACUAUCGGGCCACCAAGGUAGCCUUCUGGCUGGAACUAGUUCCACACCUCCACAACAUAAACGAGUUGUUCCAGUACGUAUCCACAACGACCAAGAUACCGCCGCAGGACACCACCCCGUUUCCUUACACCAAGCGUUUCCCGGGCAAUCGGCCAUCUACCACCCGCCACCCUGGGGUUCCCUCCGCCAACACCAAGCAGACCACCGACCAGCGGAAAGGUGAGGACCUCACAGACGAAUCAGCAGUGGUUAUCGAGACUAAACGGGACUAUUCCACAGAGCUGAGCGUCACCAUCGCCGUGGGAGCCUCGCUGCUCUUCCUCAACAUCCUGGCGUUCGCGGCACUCUACUACAAGAAGGACAAGCGGCGGCACGAGUCAAACCGGCGCGGGCCGAGCCCACAGCUUAACUCCGCCGGGCCAGCCAACGCGGUGGCCAACGCCAAUGACAUCGCCCACUUGCAGAACGAGGAGCUGAUGUCCCUGCAGAUGAAGCAGCAGCAGCAGAUGGAUCACGAGCACCACCACGAGUGUGAGUCGCUCCAGGCCCACGACACGCUGCGCCUCACUUGCCCGCCCGACUACACCCUCACACUGCGUAGGUCGCCAGACGACAUCCCCCUCAUGACGCCCAGCACCAUAACCAUGAUCCCGAACUCGCUGGCCGCCAUGCAGCCACUUCAUAACUUCAACACGUUUGGCGGCAGUCAGAACAGUACCAACCUGCCCCAUGGACACUCCACCACCAGGGUAUAACUCUAUGUGGAGAAGACAGAGUCAAACGUCUAUGUGGCCUGGCCUAUGUUGGACAAACACUAAGAAAAGCGAGAAGAGUGACUGACUGUGUUUCACACAGAACUCAUCUCAGUGGAUGAGAUGUUAUUUUGCUACCAUGCCUUCUUGAACAGUAUAUCAAAGUCAAAUAUGAACUUCUAAUGACAUGUUUGAAAAGUGAAUGUUACUAUAGUAAUACUGUUUUUGGAGCGAAGCUUCUCGAAUGAAUCGAAGAGAGUUUUACCAAAAGAGCAACAAGUGGAAUCAUCUGCUUUAGAAUGCUUGAAUAGACAAUACAAAACAUGAAGGGUUACAGUGAUGACAAGGAUUACUCAAAAAGCUUUUUGUGCCAUCAUGUACAUCAUAGUACAAAAACACACAAUUGUACAGUGAAAUACCACUCUACUGCAUUGGUAAAGUAUGACAGACUAAUCAUGGGCACUGAAUUUAAAACUCCCCCCAGCCUGAAAUGUAUUUAUGAAAACUUUGUAAAAAACUAAAAACAGUAUAUAGUUGUGAGUAAAAAAUAAACAAAAAUGAGUACUUUAAAGAGCUUAUAUUGUUGUUUGAGUUUAACUAUGGCUUUUCCAAGCGUGUUCUUUCUGUUGAGGUGUGUGUAAAUAAACAGUAUCAAUCAUUAUCCAUUUUUUUGUAUUAAAAUCUGUUGAAUUGUUUUCACAGCAGCAGAAAAAAAGUGCAAACACUAUCCAUUUUGGGAGCAUACUGUGCAUCGUCUAGACAACCAUUAUAACGUCCUGUGUAUCUUUUGUAUCCAUUUCUGACACAAUGCAUGUCUGAGAACUGCUUUAUAAUCUACAUUUUCAGACAGCAUUCUGAUUCUGUCUCAAAAUGAGGUUUGAUAGUGAGUCCCUUUUUUUGUCACCUGAUUCAUCUCGUUCUGCUUUUAAUCAUUUUGUUUGUAGGGUUUUUAUGUCUAGCAACAAUCUCACCACUGCCUGAGCUUCAAAUGUGACCAGCAAUGUAUUACUUAGAAAAAAGGCAGUGGAUUUUGGUAUCAAUAUUAGUUGGAUAUGUUUGUAAAGAAGUAUAUGUUAGAUAUUUCAAAUUGUCAUAUGCUAGCAAUAUGUAAAGUAUUGUGCCAGGCUUUUGAUAUGUUGGGUUACUACUACAUAAGUGAAUGAGUGUAAAUAAUAAAAAUGAUAAAUGAUAUUGAUAUUAUUAAUAAUAACAAUUAUAAGUACAAUAAAAAGUCAACAUUAACCCAAAUUCUUUCAGUUCUGCAUCCUAUUACAGAAAAAAACUAAAGCAAGUACAUAUAAAAAGGUUUAUAAUAAUGCUACAUUUAUAAAUUUAAUGAAAGAUAUAUCCUUACCAUUGGUCCAUCAACUGUCAAGAUACCAAGGGUUUUGAUGUAGGAUUUGAAAUGAUUUAGUUUGUCUGAUAUUGUUUGCGGUUUUGCCUUAAGUGAUAGAUGAUAUUUCUGGCUGGACACCUGUAUAAAGAUUUUCUGCAACAUUUUUAAUAAAAUAUCACAG